AUGAACUUCAAUAUCUUCAAGACCAAGCAAAAGACGCCACAUGAUCUUGUGAAGCAUGUCAAAGACUCCAUUCAGAAAUUAGACGGGCCAGAUAAACGCAAAGCAACAGAGGAAAUAUCGAAAUAUUUAGUGUUGAUGAAGAAUAUACUAUACGGCGAAGAUGAUCAUGAGCCAAGUCCAGAUCUUGUCGCUCAAUUGGCAUCAGAAGUAUACCGAACAGAUUUGUUGCAAUUGCUAGUUUUAAAUAUCCAAAAAUUUGAGUUUGAGGCGAAAAAAGACGUUGCUCAGAUAUUUAACAAUCUAUUGAGAAGACAAAUUGGAUCUCGAUGGCCCACUGUCGAGCAUUUGUGUGCCCGCGAAGACAUCCUUUUUAAUCUGUUGAAUGGAUACGAACAACCCGAAGUUGCGUUAAAUUGCGGUUUGAUUCUACGUGAAUGCAUUCGUCAUGAAGCUCUAGCCAAAAUAUUGCUGUAUUCGAGCAAAUUCUAUCAAUUCUUUGACUAUGUUGAAAUGAGCACUUUUGAUAUCGCCUCUGAUGCCUUUGCCUCGUUCAAGGAGAUUUUGACAAAACACAAGCCCAUGGUAGCCGAUUUCUUGGAAUUGAAUUAUGAUGAGUUCUUUGAUCACUACAAGCGAUUGCUACAAUCAGAGAAUUACGUUACAAAGAGGCAGUCAUUAAAGUUGUUGGGUGAGAUCUUGCUGGACAGAUCCAAUUUUACUGUCAUGACCCGUUACAUUAGCAGUGCAGACAAUUUGAAAUUAAUGAUGAAUUUGCUUCGAGAUCGUAGUAGAAAUAUCCAAUUCGAAGCGUUUCAUGUGUUUAAAGUGUUUGUGGCUAAUCCUCACAAGACAAGACCUAUUGUCGAUAUCUUGGUGAAAAACCAAGAGAAACUCAUUCACUUUCUUGGAAACUUUCAUAACGAUAGACAAGAUGAUGAACAGUUUAACGAUGAAAAGGCAUUUCUCAUCAAGCAGAUUCAAGAUUUGCAACCAGUUCAGGAUUAA